CACCCUUGGUUCAACUCUCCCUCUCGUCACGUCCCCUUCCAAGCAACCAUCCCUGCUUGGUAGGGGACCUUAAAGCUCGUGCUUUGGUUAGGCAGGCUCCAAGGCCAAGCCUCCCUUUAACCAUGGAGAAGAACAAGGUCGCCCUCGUCAGCCUCUCCUUUGUGAUCCUCUUGGCCGGGUUGGUAGCUGUCGCCGUCACCGUCUCCCACCUCAACAGCAAUGCCUCCAGCAUUAAUAAUCCUCCCACCGAGUCCCCCCGGCCCAACACUUCCAUCAAGGCCAUCCAGACUGUCUGCCAGCCGACCGACUACAAGGAUGCCUGCGAGAAGACCCUCUCGUCCUUUUCCCACAACACCACCGACCACAUGGAGCUCGUCAACGUCGCCUUCAGUGCCUCCAUGAAGUACGUCACCGACGUCUUCGACCGGUCCGAAUUGCUGAAGGAAGUUUCCAAAGACCCAGCCUCCACCGAGGCUCUCCAGACCUGCCGCGAGCUCCUCGAGUACGCCAUGGACGACCUCAAGAAAUCCAUCGUGCAGCUCGGCAAUGUCCACAAGAACCUCUACGAACAGGCCGUCGAGGAUCUCAAGGUCUGGCUCAGCGCCGCCAUCACCUACCAGGACACCUGCGUCGAUGGCUUCGAGGGCAUCAAUACCAGCGCCGCGGAGACCAUGCGCCAGGCCAUAGAGAACUCCACCCAGAUCACCAGCAACGCCCUCGCCAUGGUCAACCAGUUGGACGUCUUGGUCCGCUCGCUCAACAUCUCGUCGCUCCUCCGCCGCAAGCUCCUCUCCGACGCCGGGGCGAACGAGUUCCCGUCGUGGAUGCCCGCCGCGCAGAGAAGGCUCCUCAAGGUGAGGCCGGCAAAGAUAAUGCCCAACGUCACCGUGGCCCAGGACGGGACCGGAGACUUCGAGACCAUCACCGAAGCCCUCGCGCAAGUCCCCAAGGAUAACAACGCCACCUUCGUCAUCUACGUUAAGGCAGGAGUGUACAAGGAGAGAUUCCUCGUUGACAAGCAUAUGACCAAGGUGACGAUGAUCGGAGAUGGACCGACCAAGACCAAGAUCACCGGCAAUGUUUCUGUCAUCGCAGGGGAGAUCUCCACAUUCAAAACAGCUACCGUUGCUGUGGCCGGGGAGUGGUUCGUCGGCAUCGGUCUCGGAUUCGAGAACACGGCCGGGCCUGAAAAGCACCAGGCGGUGGCGCUCCGGGUGAACGCCGACCGGUCGGUGUUCUACAACUGCAGGAUGGAUGGCUACCAAGACACAUUAUAUGCUCACAGUGAACGUCAGUUCUACCGUGACUGCACCAUCACCGGCACCAUCGACUUCAUCUUCGGCGACUCAGCAACGAUAUUCCAGAACUGCAUGAUCAUCGCCAGGAAGCCGAUGGAUAACCAGCAGAACAUCGUGACGGCGCAAGGCCGGAAGGAGAGGCAAGGGAAUGGUGCCAUCGUUCUCCAGAAUUGCACCAUCACUUCAGACCCUGCCUACUAUCCCCACCGGAAGGUGCUGCCGACCUACCUCGGCCGGCCAUGGAAGCCCUACUCGAGGACCCUUAUCCUCCAGUCACAGCUCGACGAUCUGAUCCAUCCCGACGGAUGGCUGCCAUGGACUGGGGAUGUCGGGCUCGACACAUGCUUCUACGCCGAGCUCGACAACCGGGGGCCGGGGGCUGACUUGACGAAGAGGGUGACAUGGCCGGGGAUUAAGAACCUCACCUAUGUCGAGGCCCAGGAAUACACCAUUGAGAACUACCUCUACGGGCAAACCUGGAUCUCUAGGGCCGGCGUGCCGUUCAUUCCUGGGCUGCUGCCGGCGACUGAGGCCAAGAGGAUCCACUGAUCUAACAAGAAGCUAUAUACAUACAUGGAGCUUGCCUAACGACAUGAGCAUUAGAGGGAGGGAAGGAACUGUUUUGAGUGGUGUUACCAAGUGAGGCUUGAAUACGAGACCUUGUAAUUAUAUAUGUUUUGCCUCCUCUCCAUGGUGAAUGAAAUAAAGGCUCAUAAUCUUCGAUACAUUA